GUAGCACAGUUGAACUAAUUUCUAGAAUGUUCGAGCUUGUGUCUUUCCUCCUGUAUCUACUGAUUGCUGUGCAUCUGCAAGGAUCCUUGAAAAGUGAUUCGGUGAGUGGAAACGCUGAACGCCUGGACAGGGUGGAGGAUGCGAUUGGCGAUCUGCAGACGCAAGAGUCGGGAGGUACUGGGAACUUCGUGAAGAUAAAUUCGAGGUUCUUCCACAUUGAGCAGAAUCGAAAAGUCAACUGGUAUGCCGCAUUGAAUAUAUGCCACGAGAUGGGCGGCCAUCUGGCGGAUCCGGCGAACCAACAGGAGCUGAAUUCCAUUAAGCAAAGACUGAUCCGCGGCCGGCACUAUUGGCUGGGGAUCUCCGACCUGGCCAAUGAGGGUUUGUUUCUGUCGCAGAACACUGGCAACAGGGCGACCUUUCUUAGGUGGGUCUAUGGUGAACCAAACAACUACGGAAAUUACGAGCACUGCGUAGAACUGAAGUCACAGCAAAAUAGGGAAUUCCUAAUGAACGACGCCCCAUGUUGGCUUUUGUCCUAUUUUAUUUGCGAGACUAGCUCACCGAAUAAUAAAUAAUGAAUAUCUUAUCAUCAGUUUUCGUUGCAUGCUACUAGCAUCCGGAAAAAUAUAUUUAAUCGUAGGAAUUGUUACUAUUAAGUGAUCCGCUUACAAGUUAAUAAAAGUACAAACUACAUUUACUCGCAAUAAAUGCAUGAUGAA